AUGUACUACAUCGGCCUGAUUCGGAGAGCUGCGAACCCACAGGAGAUCACCAUAGUGACUAUGUACAUAAACAUCGGAGGAUUCCUUAAAGGGGGAGGUUCCAAUUAUUUUACACCUACAACUUACAAGAGAUGGAUGACAACCUGGGGUUGGCUCACCAACAGAGUGAUUGCCUUCUUCGACAACGAUGAAGACCUGGAGACAUUCAGGAAAAUCAGAUCUCUGCAACCAAACGAUAGAACUGUCUUAGUAAAACUUCAGAGAAAUGAAAUACCCGCUUUUAGAGACCUGGGCAAAAUCAGCACUAUAUUCAAGAACGCAUCAUACCCAAAACAUUCGCCAAACACAGUCUAUGCCGAGUACUCGUGCGCCAUGAAUGCCAAAUAUGAUGUCUUACAAAUGGCGGUCCAAAGAGGCCUUGUAUAUACUGAAUAUAUAGCCUGGUUGGAUAUAGGCUUGUUCAGAAACCUCCUAGAGCCCAAACUCCGUCCGAAAGAUGACCGCUUCUCCUUGGAAGUCCCUGAAAACUUCAACUCCAGCACUGUUGGUAUGUCAGCCGUGGCGUCCAGGAACGAAGUAUCAAAGCUCAGCCCCUGGGAGUACAUCAGGGACAACCGGGUCUGGGUUAGUGGAGCCUUCGCGCUGGCGACUAAAGAGACCAUGCUGAAGUUUUCCGAGUCCUACAAAAUGAUAUUGGAUGAACUAUUGCACGAAGGGCUGGCGAGUACUGAUCAGCAAGUAAUUGGGGCCAUGUACUCUCCGGGCUUCAUCAAACGGCAACGAGUAGAUAUCGUCGGUUACAGCUGCCACGAUGGGCAGUUUGGUCUCUAUUCCUCUGAUGUAAUAUAUUUCUGUUUGGGGUACAUAUGUAAAGAUGCGGCAGAGAAAAGACUUAAUGCAAGUAGAACUGAGAGGAUGAAGAUCACUGGUCACAGACAUUGA